CCCCCAGACGGCCAUCUGACGCAAUGAGAGCCGCACUUCAGGUCACCCUGCCAGCUCAGAGCCGGUGUUCACACUAGCGGAGGCACACCGGGAUCCUAACAAAGACCGCUUCUGACCUCUCUCUUUUUUUUCUUUUAACACUACCGCCAUUCUACCGACACUGUAAUAAGAACAUGGUGGCUGUUUGAGAAGAGGGCAACAUGGCGCAAAGAGACACGCUGCUGCAUCUCUUCGCCGGGGGAUGCAGUGGUACGGUGGGAGCCAUCGUCACCUGCCCCCUGGAGGUGCUGAAGACACGGCUGCAGUCCUCAGGUCUCACCCUCCGGCCGGUCUUCCAGGUCCAGCUGGGCACCCUGAGUGGCACCGGGGUUAUCCGACCGGGGGCUGUGACACCCGGGCUGCUGCAGGUCCUACGGUCAAUUCUUGAAAAAGAGGGACCGAGAUCUCUCUUCCGAGGGCUGGGGCCGAACCUUGUUGGUGUUGCUCCUUCAAGAGCCAUUUACUUUGCUGCAUACUCAAAGUCUAAAGAGAUGUUCAACGGGCUGUUUGUCCCCAAUAGUGGACUGGUGCACAUGUCCUCUGCAGGUGCUGCAGCUUUUGUUACCAACUCUCUGAUGAACCCCAUCUGGAUGGUCAAGACCAGAAUGCAGCUGGAGAAAAAAGCCAGGGGAGAGAAGAAGAUGAACGCGCUGCAGUGUGCUCGCCAUGUUUACAAAAUGGAGGGAGUCCGGGGCUUCUACCGCGGCCUGACUGCGUCCUACGCUGGCAUCUCAGAGACCAUGAUCUGCUUCCUCAUCUACGAGACGCUGAAGAAGCAGCUCGCCCAGAGCCAGUUCAACUCACCCAAGAGCGAAAGCGAGAAGGGAGCGUCGGACUUCCUGGGCCUGAUGAUGGCAGCUGCUUUCUCAAAGGGCUGUGCUUCCUGCAUAGCCUACCCACACGAGGUCAUUCGGACGAGGCUGCGCGAGGAGGGCAGCAAGUACAAGUAUUUCUUCCAGACGGGGAGGUUAAUAGCGGUGGAGGAAGGCUACGCAGCCUUUUACAGAGGACUCAUUCCACAGCUAAUCAGACAAAUCCCCAACACAGCCAUCGUCCUCUCCUCGUACGAACUCAUUGUCCACCUGCUGGGAGAUUCCAAGUGAAGACCUGUUUGAAAGUUGUGUUGUUGUUUUUUUUGACAAAUGAUGAACGCCACAUGAAACCCAAAACACGCUGGGCAGGAGACUUUUGAAAACGCAGCGCAUACAUGUUUUGAUGUGGCGCUGCAGAGACUGCUAUGGUGGAACUGAAGCAGGUUAUACUGGUAUCCAAAGAGCUAAACCUAUUAUUUUAUCGAACGCUUGUUAGGAGUUUUAAAUAACACAAGCAGUCAGCGGUACUUACUGAAACUCCAAGAACCUGUGAAAAAAGGUCAUCUUCUUAGAGGACUACUUUUAAGUUAACUAAAUUAUUUUUGUUUUGUUAUUUCACAUCAGUGUUUGUUCCUUUUAUCAGUGGUAAAUGUUCCACCACGCACAGCUGGGCGGCUCGGCUCCAUCAGUAAAUGAAGGGAUGUGUUUCAGAAGCAGCGGUAGCAGUUGUUCUUCUUAGCGUUAUGGCGGCACAAACUAUUUUGAGAUUACUAUUGUACUCGGACAAACACAAUCUGCUGGAUUUGAAGUUUUGAGUUAGAGAAAUUUAUCAUAUUUUUCUUUAAUAUAUAUAUAUAAAUACAGGCAUAUCUGUAUGUUUUUCUUUGUGGAAAAGAUGGUCACCUUUUGCACUAUAAUGACAACUUGGAUGCGUAUUUGACCAGUGGCUCAAUAAAAUGCAUCGAAAAACUA